AGCCAAUGAGCUACCACACCUGGCUUCUCUUCUCAUUUUGAUGCAUUGGCCCCUGAGCGAACUAUGCCCCGUCUCCCCAGUCCCGAGCAGAACUAGUCACAUGGCCCUGUAUAACCCUGUAUAACUUCAAGGGGACAGAGGGAGAAUCUGUCAAAGUGCAUGGAUAUUUGAUGAGCAGUAAAUGGUUCUGCCACAUAGAUCUCAGCAUCUUCUAGACCCUAUUAACAGCUGCUUUAGAGAGGAACAUUUUAUUGGCUGUAUUAUUUAUGUAUCCAUUCAUUCAUUCUAAAUAAUUAUUGAAUACCUCUUGGUGAGCAGGAGAGAACCUGCCCCUCCCUCGUAUGGCUUGCAACAGUGAAAUAUUGUUGUGUGACUGAUGCUGUGAUAGGCACAGGACAGGGCACCCCAGAAGUACAGAAAACGUGUAUGUGCCUGGAAUAUGUCAGGAAAGGCCUCCCAGAGAAGUUAAGGCUGCAGCUGACCCAUGAAGAAUGGUUGGGGAUUUCUCCCAGUCAGACCUAGAUCUGUAGCAGAAAACGCAAGUCAGGAACCUGCCUCCCUGGUCAGAGUUAGACCCUGCGAGUGACUGCCUUCUGGAGCAAGGACAGUUAAGGAGCAGACAAUAUGCCCCACAUGUUAUAAACAGAGACUGCCUUAGGCUGAUUGUGUUUCUUGCCUUAUCCCAAAGAGUACACAUCACCUCUCCGAGGUGGCUCACCUCCAGCGGCCGAAGUUGAGCCACGUGGAGGAACUCGCUCAAUCGGUUUCUGUUAUAGAUAUGAAAUUACUAAUAACCGGGAGGUAGCUGUGCAUGUGUGGACCCUCCUCCCAGCAGCCCUCUCUGGGGGUUUGGGGUGAGGGUUGUAGGGAGACACCUUGCUGUUUAAUAAAUAAUAGAAGAGAUUCAUAAAGUGUCUGGGAAGCACAUUCCUCAUGCAGAAAUGUUACGGAAUAACACAGGAUGAAUAAUAGAAAAGGUUAUUGAAAAAUUCAUAAUUUCCAAGUGCCAGUGAAGGGCAGCUCCUGUACAGUCUAUUUGCCUGUAGAAAAGUGAUUAAAAUAUAUAUUAUUGUCCUGUCUAUAGGAAAAUGUAUUAUUAAGUGGAUACUAGCGUGACAUUUGAAAAAUCCAUUUCAUUCCAUUUAGCAGCAACGGGCUUUUGGCUGCUGCUUUGUGCAGCAGGUUUCACAAGCAUUUUAAUAAGCCAUUUAAAAAACAAAAAGGGGAUUUUAAUUAUGGCCCCCUGCCUCCCAGCCAUGCUAUUGCUUGCAUUUACAGUUCUUCUGCCAGAGAAAUUUAAAACAUAUAAUAGGGAAUGUAAAUACCCUGCCUAACGUUUAGUAGGCCCACUGCCAAGAAAGGAACAUGACCAUUGGCCAGGAGGUACUUAUGGGCUGCAGGAAGGCAGAAUGGGAGAUAGGUUUGCCUGUCCAGACACAACAAGAAACAAAGCCUCAGUGUAAGAGGCCCAUAACCCCUGCCAGCCUUAAGUGUCACUACUCUUCUGUAUAAACAUUCACUUUUUUUUCCCAUAUGAAACCAGGAGUUACUUUUGAGGUCUAAUGAGAAACAGUUCUUAUUUCUGAAUAAUGAAUUGAGUCGGGAUCAGGGAUCAUCUGAUUUGCCCAUCUGCUUCUUGGCAGAAUGCAUCUCCUCAGCUUGAAGAUCAUAUGCCCAGUACAGCUCGGAGCUGGAUUCUGAAUAGAUUCAGGUUUGGAGCUUGGGAUGGGCACCUCUCCGUGCCUUGCUCAGUAUUCAAAUUCUCCUAUAAGUUGGGUAAGGGCCAGGAGGCAGGAUGAGAUCUGAGAGGGGUGGGCCAUGCCCUUUCAACCUCAACCUCCAUUUGGCUUGGACAGCUCUCUGGUCCGGUGGUCUUUCGGGGAGCAUACAGAUGGAUAGUGGUGGCAGCAAGGUCAUUCCGGCAGUUGGUGUAGGAAUUGAGGCAGAAGGAGCAUGAUGCAGCACAGCACCAUCACAGUCCCAGUCUCUUCCCUACUAACUGUAAGUGACAUUUCAUUCUGCUCAUCCCCAAGGCAAAGUUGGAUGUUUUUAAAGUGGAAAAAAAAAUGAGCGGAAAAAGAAACGGGGAAGGUGGGAAGAGGUGGAAGUGGAAGGGCACAGGAGUGCCCGUGCGCAGCGGAGAUGCCACCUUCCCCAAAGCUAUGGACAACGUGACGGUCCGGCAGGGGGAGAGCGCCACCCUCAGGUGCACUAUUGACAACCGGGUCACCCGGGUGGCCUGGCUGAACCGCAGCACCAUCCUCUAUGCUGGGAAUGACAAGUGGUGCCUGGAUCCGCGCGUGGUCCUCCUGAGCAACACCCAAACGCAGUACAGCAUCGAGAUCCAGAACGUGGAUGUGUAUGACGAGGGCCCGUACACCUGCUCGGUGCAGACAGACAACCACCCAAAGACCUCUAGGGUCCACCUCAUUGUGCAAGUAUCUCCCAAAAUUGUAGAGAUUUCUUCAGAUAUCUCCAUUAAUGAAGGAAACAAUAUCAGCCUCACCUGCAUAGCAACGGGUAGACCAGAGCCUACAGUUACUUGGAGACACAUCUCCCCCAAAGCGGUUGGCUUUGUGAGUGAAGACGAAUACUUGGAAAUUCAGGGCAUCACCCGGGAGCAGUCAGGGGACUACGAGUGCAGUGCCUCCAAUGACGUGGCCGCGCCCGUGGUACGGAGAGUAAAGGUCACGGUGAACUAUCCACCAUACAUUUCAGAAGCCAAGGGUACGGGUGUCCCCGUGGGACAAAAGGGGACACUGCAGUGUGAAGCCUCAGCAGUCCCCUCAGCAGAAUUCCAGUGGUACAAGGAUGACAAAAGACUGAUUGAAGGAAAGAAAGGAGUGAAAGUGGAAAACAGACCUUUCCUCUCAAAACUCAUCUUCUUCAAUGUCUCUGAACAUGACUAUGGGAAUUACACUUGCGUGGCUUCCAACAAGCUGGGCCACACCAAUGCCAGCAUCAUGCUAUUUGAACUAAAUGAGCCUACGAGCUCAACUUUGUUGCAAGAAGUGAAAACUACAGCCCUGACCCCUUGGAAAGGCCCGGGCGCUGUCAGCGAGGUGAGCAACGGCACGUCGAGGAGGGCAGGCUGCGUCUGGCUGCUGCCUCUUCUGGUCUUGCACCUGCUUCUCAAAUUUUGAUGUGAGUGCCACUUCCCCACCCGGGAAAGGCUGCCGCCACCACCACCACCAACACAACAGCACUGGCAACACCGACAGCAACCAAUCAGAUAUUUACAAAUGAAAUUAGAAGAAACACAGCCUCAUGGGACAGAAAUUUGAGGGAGGGGAACAAAGAAUACUUUGGGGGGGAAAAGUUUUCAGAAAGAAAUUGAAAAUUGCCUUGCAGAUAUUUAGGUACAACGGAGUUUUCUUUCUUUUCCCAAACGGGAAGAACGCAGCACACCCGGCUUGGACCCACUGCAAGCUGCAUCGUGUGACCUCUCUGGUGCCAGUGUGGGCAAGGGCUCAGCCACUCUGCCCACAGAGUGCCCCCACGUGGAACAUUCUGGAGCUGGCCAUCCCAAAUUCAAUCCGUCCAUAGAGACGAACAGAGUGAGACCUUCCGGCCCAAGCGUGGCGCUGUGGGCACUUUGGUAGACUGUGCUGCCACGGUGUGUGUUGUGAAACGUGAAAUAAGAAGAGAAAGAAAGAAAAAGGAAACAAAGUAAGACCGUCCGACAGCAACAACAAUCCCACAAACAACAGUCACAAAAGAUACCGUUAAACUUCUCUUUUUUUUUUUUUUUUUUAUCAUUUUACUACAUGGACAUCAUGGAUAACAAGGGAUUCUGAUUCAUUAUUAAUUUUAUUAAUUAUAUUUUCUGAUAUGAGUCUAGAACUUAGUGCAAAAACAAGACAAAACUAAAAAAAUACAACUGAAAAGGGUGAAGAGAAGUAUGUUUGUUAAACAGUAAAAAUGAAUAGUGUACUUCUUAACUAGGUUUACAACUGGUGGACCAGACACCAGGCACUAAUCGCCUGGUGAGGAUUUGGCAUAUCCACCAAAAAAUACAUCCGAUUUAACCAACAUCUCCACCAGCGCUACAGAUUCCUCCCGACUGUGGCAUCUCAUGCAGACAAUACUAUGCUCUCUACACACUGUUUAGAAAUGGAAAGGUGAUCUGCACUGUAUCUUGGGUUUGUUGGCUAUGCUUCUUUUGAUGACAUAUAUUAUACAGUAUAUAUAUACAUAUAUUUUUUUUGUUAGAGUUCUAGCCAUUUUAUUUCUCCGCAGGGUCCUUUCUCAGACAUUACUGCAUGCUGUAUAUGGCGUUAGCUGUGUGUUGAUCUUCUAAAAGAUGAUAGAGUUUACUGGUAAUUGUGUAAUCAGCUCCUGCCUUUUUAUUUUCUUGGGUUAUUUACAUGUCAGAGACAUUUAUAAAAAGUGAAAAGAUAAAAAAAAUCCGACUAAUACCAGGCGCAGCAUCUUUCCAGGUGUGGCUCUGCGCGUCGGCCACCCCAGGUGGCCCUGCUUUCUCCAUCCUGCUCUGUGGCAUUAACAGACAGCAAGCAACUGAACAAGCAGAACCGUCAGUACCCACUUGCUUUAGCCCAUUAUGGGAAUCUCUGAUGCCUUCGUGACCACUGGAGAGUUUAAUCCUCUUGGUUUAUUUUAUUUAAUUUCCCACCUUUGUGUGAGUGUGUAUGAAAGAGAAGAAAAUGCAAUUUUUAGGUAAUCUUUUUUUUCCCUCCCCUGAAAAUCUGGGAACCAGAGAGUCCUCGGGGGGGGGGGCGGUCCUGGAUGUGAUGAGGGAAAGUGGGAUUGGGGGAUCCGGGAGGGUGGGGUUGUCUCUGACUUGACAUUAAAAAGUGUUCCAUGUCCCUCUUCA